UCUCUCCCCUUUCUUCUUCACUGCACCGUGCGGACCGACAUGACCGGCGGCCUGAACGGCAAUGGCGUCGCCGGCAUCGGCAACGGAGGCAGCGGGGCGUGCGCGGUGUGCAAGCACCAGCGGCGCAAGUGCGAGCCCAACUGCGAGCUGGCCGCCUACUUCCCGGCGAACCGGAUGAACGACUUCCGGGCGCUGCACCUCGUCUUCGGCGUGGCCAACCUCACCAAGCUCAUCAAGGCCAACGCCACGGAGGAGGCCCGGAGGCGCGCCGCCGAGACGCUGACGUGGGAGGCCCGGUGGCGUGAGCGGGACCCUUCCGAGGGUUGCUACCGUGAGGUCUCCUGCCUCCGCCGCGAGAACGCCGUGCUCCGCGCCGAGAACGCCGCGCUCCGGCGCCGGGCCGACCAGUGCGCCUCCUGCUGCUGCGGCACGACAGUGCUGCAGCAACAGCAACAACAGCAGCAGAUGCUGCUGGUCUCGGCUUACAAUGGUGCCAGGCCUCCCGUGCUGCACGGGGUUAGCAACGGCAGCGUCCUGCCCGGCAGCUUCGUCGGCGGCUGCUACAACAACGGCGGCAACAACAAUGCCGGUGGUGGAGGCCGUGGUGCCAAUGGCAACGGGGCGAUGCCCCCGGCGCGGCCUCCGGUGGCGCAGUCGACCACGCUGAUCGGCUACCACGCCGUGUCGAACGGCGGCGCGGGCGCCGGUCAGACGGAUUCCAGGGACAAGAGCGGGGCGAGGUGACGACGCCCAGCGCAAGCGCACAGCUAGCAGAGAGCCAGAGAGGAGAUGAAGGCCCGUCUAGGAUGCAGGAGUUUUUCCCCAGAUUCCUGCAGAAAAGUGAACUGUUUCAUGUGAAAAUUCCUGAGCUCUCAACAAAUCCUAGAAUAUUGGUUCUCGAAUAAAGAGCGAGAUAUAUUUUAUCGUUCUUCUGUCUGUCUGUUGCUUUUCUUCUGCUUGAGUAGGAUACUCAAAGUUCGAAGUGUAAAAACUCAACUUUGUAUGACUGGUGGUUUAAUUACAGCCAAGAUAAGCUUUUCGUUUUUCAGGUAUACAUGUUGCUUUAUUGCCGCUGGUAUGUAGAACUUCAGUUGCAUUUAGUAUAUCCAUUUUUGGCUUCAUUUCAUGCAAGACAAGAAAACACCGGGACAACAGAAAACACAGGAAUUAGAGUGUCAUGCCUCAGAAAUACUAUUGGGAGUUCGGGACUGAAAACACAGGAACAAACAAGGGAAUAGAAGACAGAGGCCAUUCGGAACACACGAUUGUUUGGAGGGAAGCAUCACUUGCU